UUUCCUGGGGGCUUGCCAAGUGAUAAACAGACCCAGGCGUGUGGUAGAUUUGGGGUUUUUUAGCACGAAGAGGGUAGCUGGAGUUUGCUUUAAGACAUUAAUUGACUUCUGUGAUCAUUAUGGAAAGGAUGGUGUAAGGUCUUCUGGAGACAAUGGAGAAAAAAUGGACAUACUGUGCUGUUUAUUCCAUCAUCCAGAUACAUUUUGUCAGGGGAGUAUGGAAAUUCAAUGCAGAAGAAGACAUUUAUGCCCUACCUGGCUCUGAUGUCAAUCUGACCUGCCAAACACAGAAGAUAGGCUUCUUGGUGCAGGUGCAAUGGUCCAAGGUCACCGAUAAGGUAGACCUGAUUGCCCUUUACCAUCCCCAGCAUGGCUUCUACUGUGCCCAUGUGGGGCCCUGUGAGUCACUGGUGGCUUUCACAGAAACUCCCAGGAAUGUGUCGAAAUGGACUCUGCACUUGAGAAACUUUUCUUCCUCACUCAGUGGAAAGUACGAGUGUAUCUUUACUCUGUAUCCGGAGGGCAUUCAGACUAACAUCUACAACCUCUUCCUUCAGACGCAAGGUACACAAGAUGAAUGGAGAAGCAACCAUACAAUAGAAAUAGAAAUAAAUGAGACUCUGAAAAUACCAUGCUUUCAAAAUAUCUCCUCAGAAAUUUCAUCUGAGUUCACCUUUGCAUGGUUGGUGGAGAAUAAUGGAACUCAGGAAACACUUCUCACCCAAGAUCAUCUCAUCAGCAAUUCCACACUGUUCAAAGACAGAGUCGAGCUAGGUGCAAACUACGGACUCUGCCUCUCUCCAGUCCAAAUCCUUGAUGACGGAAAGACGUUCUCUUGCCACGUCAGAGACAGGCAUGGCAAAAUCUUGAAGAGCUCUACCAGGGUCAAGGUUUUUGCUAAGCCAAAAACCCCCAUGAUUGUGGAAGACUCCAAGAAUGUCUUGAAAGAGAGAACAUUUACCUGCUCUCUAAAGAAUGUAUUUCCCAAAGCAAAUCUCACAUGGUUUAUAGAUGGAAGAUUUCUUCAAAAUGAAAAUGAAGGAAUACACAUUGUUAAUGAAGAGAGAAAAGGCAAAGGUGGAUUGCUGAAACUAAAGUCUGUUUUGACAAGGGUGCAUGGUAAUGAUCUAGCCCAAUCAAACAAUCUGACCAUUUGGUGUAUGGCUCUGUCUCCGGUCCCUGGAAAUAAAGUGUGCAAUAUCUCAUCGGAAAAGAUCACUUUUUCCUUGGGUUCUGUAAAUCCCCCAACAGACCCUCCACUGAGUGUUACAGAAUCUUCCCUUAGCAUCCAACCUUCUCCAGCCAACAGUGUGUCUCCUACAGGAUAUCCAGCUACAUUUUCAGAGGCCCUGGUAGAUAUGAAUACACAAAGGCCAAACACCGCACCUCAAACAAGCAAUUCCAAUGUGACUACACAAGGCUUCAACUAUUCCUGGACCUCCAGUGGGACAGAUGCCAAAAAAUCAAGCAAUUCCAAUGUGACUACACAAGGCUUCAACUAUUCCUGGACCUCCAGUGGGACAGAUGCCAAAAAACCGGUUUCGUGGACACCCAGUGAAAUGCACAGCUCAUUCCCCUCAGGCACAGGCUCAGCACUCUACGAUGACGUUUUUACCAGUACAACUACAGCAUUUUCAGAAGUCCCCACAAUUAUCAAUGGAUCUACUAAAAAGAAUCAUGUCCACAUCACUGGUACCGUGGUUAAUAAGCCUAAAGACGGAAUGUCCUGGCCAGUGAUUGUAGCAGCUUUACUCUUUCCCUGCGUAGUAUUGUUUGGUAUUGGAGUGAGAAAAUGGUGUCAAUACCAAAAAGAAAUCAUGGAGAGACCCCCACCUUUCAAGCCACCACCACCUCCCAUCAAGUACACUUGCAUUCAGGAGCCCAUUGGAAGUGACCUGCCUUGUCAUGAGAUGGAGACUCUCUAGUCCUGUGAGGCUUACCACACAGCAGCACUGUGCUGGAAUUCUAUCGAGAAGGUGGAUACAGUGCUUUCUUAAUAUAAGUUCCCUCAGCCAAGCCUCUGCUGCAGCUGAAAUGGAUGUUACAAAUGAAUGAACUGUCUUCUCAGCAAUUUGCCCUCUUUCAUCUGUAUAUGCCUGAAAUUUAAACAAGAGUGAAAGGAUAUAUCAUGCUCACACCCAGUGCAAUCUGUAAGGGUUUUCUUGCUUAUGUAAGAGGUGCACAUUAGGCUGUUGUCUUUGAAAAAUACACAGUGUUUUCAUGUUUCACUUUAAUUCUCUGAUUGAUGAGACAAUUAUGGUUGCAAGCAUAUGCCCAUACUAGAUCCUCCACUUUUAAGGUCAUCUGCCAAUGUUCUAAACUAUUUGCCCAAAUUAUGAUAAUUUCAGAGUUUUGUUGCAUUGCUUCAGAAAAUUAUAAGAAGAAAAUGUAAGAGUUCUAGCGCGAGUUCCAAGUAAUGUGGAAGCAUGGCUAGUCUUCACAUUGAAAUUCUGUUGUUUCUUUUCACUGAAGGAAAAUAGAAUACCUUAUACAAGAACCACAUUUGCAUCCUUCAUCCUUCCUCCCAUCAGGGUCAGACCAGGCUCCUGUCACAUGGACAAGGAUGCAAAGGGAUCAUAAAGUUAACUAGCCAACAACCAGGUAGCCUGUAGAUAUAAGACUUCGCUGACCUCUAAAAUCAUAUGAGCUAAGAGUGGUUUCAUCCUCAGCUUUGCCUGUCUCUAUAUGUGUGUGUGCUCAUCACACUAGUACCAAGCUGUUUUGUAAGUAAACAAGCAGCCUAACCCCAAUUCAACCCAUCUCAUUUCAGUUAUUCUCUUAUUUAUCUUGGGACUUUCCUGUUCAUUCAACCUGCCUGUUUUGAUCUGUCCUGAAACUGCUGAAGAGCCUCAUCUCAGAGUAGCACUGAUGAAUUAACCCUGCUCCUACCAAUCUUUUGCAAAACAGCUUAAGCAGAGUAUAGAGGUGACAGAGAACAGACCUAGUCAGCCAGACGUGCUCUGUAAUCAACAACAGUUUGUGAGUGAAUAAAUGACUGAUCCCUCUUGUCCCCCUAAGCCUUCCCACACUCCCUGCCCCAGGAGGGAAGCACAGAUGUUGUUGACAGAUGUAAUGAUAGUCAAAUUCUGUGUGCACUUUAGUCCCAGAAGGAACCUUUAGCUCAUGUAUAGCAACUCCUCCCUGAUUAUGCAUGUGAAUAACCUGAAGAGUUUGUCUUUUUUUUAAAAUACAAUGGCUGUCUCAUUCCAGUUCAAUUAAAGUGGAAGUCUGAGGAGUGAGGCACAGACAUCAGCACUCUCAGAUGGUUCGUGUGUUCUGCCAAAGUUGAGAACUGCUGAAUCAGUGAGAGUUCCUUCUUAUAGACCAGAAUCUUGGAUAGGCACGUACGUCUUGUGGGGGCCAGCCUCCAAGAUGACCCGCAAAGCUUCUUGCCUCCUGCUGUUCACCUGGGUCCUGUGUGACCCAGGGCCAAGAUUAGGGUGAGGUAAGCAAUACACCUAGAGGACAAAAUUUAAGGAGGUUUCACCCUCAGGGUCAUGUACAUGCAGACUCUUGUGAGUGCCGGUCCCAUCCCUGCUAUAGCCAAUAAGAUACAGUGGAAAUGACCAAAGCUGGAUCAUAAAAUACAUUGUAGCUUCCACUUUGAUCUCUCUUUGUUCCCUGGCUCUGAGGGAAGCCCACUGUCAGGCUGUGAGAAUGCCCAGGCAGCCCUGCUGAGAGGUCCACCUGCCAAGGAACCGAGGCCUUCUGCUAACAAGCAUCAACUUCCAGCCAUGUAAGCGAGCUGUCUUGGAGGCAGAUUGUGCAGAUCCCAAUCAAAUCUUCAGAUAACUGCAGCCUCAUUUCAUCUUUUGACUGGGAUCUCACAAGAGCCAAAACCACCCACCUUAGUCUUUUCUAAAUUUCUGACCCACAAAUACUGUGAGAUAAUAAAUGCUUAUUGCUUAACACCACUGAGUUUGGGUAUAAUUUGUUACAUUGCAAUAGAUAAUUAA